AUGGUUGUCUUCAACCCCGUUCACGCCCACCCUCCAGCCACCAAGUUCGAGGCAGAUCCGCCUGGCUCCAGGACAUUCGCGCGCCAGCACGAGCUGCCCCGCCUCCCAAUACCGUCACUAGAAGACACAUGUCGGCGUUAUCUCACAGCACUGGAGGGGCUGCAGGACGCGAAGGAGCACGAGCGCACGCGCCGGGCAGUGGAGGAGUUUCUGCACCACGACGGCGCCAAAUGGCAGGAACAGCUGAAGGGGUACGCGGAGGACAAGGCGAGUUAUAUUGAAGAAUUCUGGUACGAGUCGUACUUGUCCCACUCGGACCCCGUCGUUCUCGCUCUCAAUCCGUUCUUCGUCCUCGAGAACGAUCCCACACCCGAUCGAGGCGCCCAGUUACCCCGCGCAGCGUCUCUCAUAGUCUCUUCCCUCGGUUUCAUACAUGAUCUUCGUGCUGGUAUCCUAGAGCCUGACUCCGUGCGGGGAACACUCCUCGACAUGGACCAGUACACGCGGCUGUUCGGGACAGCGCGCGUACCCACAGAGAGGGGAUGCCGCAUGGAGAUACAUUCAGAAUCGAGGCACAUUGUUGUCCUUCGACGCGGGCAGUUCUAUUGGUUCGACGUCCUCGACGCGGACAACCGGCCGGUCUUGACAGAACGUGAGAUACUCCGGAACUUACAAGCCGUCGUCAGUGACGCGAACGAAGUGCCCGUGCAAGAGGUCGCGCGCAAUUCGAUCGGCGUGCUCUCCACCGAGAACCGCAAGGUGUGGUCGAGCCUGCGCGGGGCGCUCGCCCGGAAUCACAACAACGAGCAGUGUCUGCAGAUCAUCGACAAUGCACUCUUCGUCGUCUGUCUGGACGACGCGACGCCCGACAACCUUGCGGAGCUGUGUAACAACUUCCUGUGCGGAACGUACAAACUACAGGGCGGCGUGCAGGUUGGGACAUGCACGAAUAGGUGGUACGAUAAGCUGCAAAUCAUUGUAUGCGCUGAUGGCGCGGCAGGCAUCAACUUCGAGCACACGGGCGUGGACGGGCACACAGUCCUUCGCUUUGCCGCGGAUAUCUUCACGGAGGGCCUUAUGCUCCUCGCUCGCUCGAUCAACCCGUCCGCCCCGACGCUCUUCCACGCACCGCUCUCACCGCACGCGAAGUCGUACAAGCCCCCGCGCGGCGCGGCACUCCCUGCUCCGCCGAGCUACGUGAUCGACACGGCGCCGAAGAAGCUCGAGUUGACGCUCUUCCCUGAGCUGCGCGCGGCGAUCCGCUUCGCGGAGACGCACUUGAGCGACUUGAUCUGCCAGAACGACUGCCAGGCGCUCGAGUUCAAGGGGUACGGGAAAAACUUCAUCACGAGCCAUGGCUUCAGCCCGGAUGCGUUCGUGCAGAUGGCGUUCCAGGCGGCGUACUAUGGGCUGUAUGGGAGGAUCGAAUGCACGUAUGAACCCGCAAUGACCAAGCACUUUCUGCAUGGGAGAACGGAGGCCAUACGUACCGUCCAGCCAUAUACAGUGAAUUUUGUGAAGACGUUCUUCUCCGAGGCGUCGACGUCGCAGAAGGUCGCGGCACUCCGGACCGCGUGCCAGGGCCACGUCAAGCUGACCAAGGAGUGCAGUCAAGGCCUGGGACAGGAUAGGCAUCUGUACGCGAUAUACUGUCUGAUUCAGCGCGAACGCGAGGCGAACCGCGAGGCAGAAGAUGCCCCGCCGUCCCCCGGGGGCAGCGUCACGUCCAGCACCAGCGACGACAAGCCACCGCUCCCAGCAAUCUUCACCGACCCGGGAUGGCGGACGCUCAGCACGUCCAUCUUGUCCACAUCUAACUGUGGGAACCCCGCAUUGCGGCUGUUCGGCUUUGGACCCGUGGCCGCGGAUGGAUACGGGAUUGGGUACAUUAUCAAGGACGAUGGGAUCUCUGUGUGCGCGUCAUCGAAGCAUUUGCAGACGCGCCGCUUCCUGGAUACCCUCGAGGGCUACCUCCUCGACGUGCAGCGCAUCCUCGUGCAGCUGCACCUCUCCGCCAACCCGCGGGCGGAGCCAUUUGUCGACCACUCCGGCGUGCUGCGAGACUCGAAGACGGGGCGGCCGAUCAAUGGCCAGGGGCACGGAUACGAGGACGGGGAUACCAUGUAUGGAUACUCGUUCUUCGACAGCGGGGACGUGGAGCUGCUCGGGCGUCGGAAGAGGAUGCCCUCGUACUAUAACACGGGUAAGAUAAUUCCGCUUGCGGAGUACUAG